AGAAUGGAUCAGAAUAUAAUUGAUUCCAAAAUAUCUAUUAAGCCUGAAUACUCUCUCGACUCUGACUGAAAAAAAACCAAACUCAAUUGUAAUUCAUAUGAUCUAGAAUGGAACAGAAUAUAAUAUAUACAAUAUGAAAAUCAAAAUCUGAAUGCAAAAUACAAAAUGAAACGGUACACAAUAUGCCUUCGGACAACCCACAAGACCAAGCCACCUCUUCCGCCUCUCCAAUUGCGUCACUAUCUUCUCUCUUCCUCUCCAACCCUCGCUCUGCCUGCCUUCCAAACCCUAACCCUAACCGUAACCGUCAAAUUCACCUCCCUCUGAGAACCCAAACCCUAACUUUCUCCUCAAACUCCUCCCAAAUCUCCACCGCCACCUCCUCCGCCGCCGGAGAAGAAAUCGUUCGCGGUGGCCACCGGCGAGCUCUUCCUAGGAAUUGCAGCGCGAAUUAUAAAGAGAAGGAAUGGGAUUGACGGUGGGGACUCGAAUUCGGUCCCGAUUACGAUGUUUAGGGAUUCGGAGAGAGGGUCGUAUUUUUGGAGGAGGACGAAGGAGGGGAUUGCGUCGGUGGUGGAGGACCCGGUGCAGCCGGAGGUGGUUUGGGAGCAGAGGUUGAAGGAUGUGGAGGCGGAGAGGUGUCGGAAGGCGGUGACGAGCCCUGGGUUUAGCUUCUCUGCUGCUGGGCUUCUGUUUCCGUACCAUCUUGGUGUUGCUCAAUUUCUUAUCGAGAAGGGUUACAUAAAGAUCCUUUGGAGGCCUAGAGGCUUGUUGGUUGAUCAAUUUGACUCUAAAGAAGACCUCAUCAAUGCAGUCUUUACUUCAUCCUUUAUUCCGGGAUAUCUUGCACCAAGACCAGCAACAAUGUUCAGGAAUCGACUUUGCAUUGAUGGGGGUUUGACAUUGUUUAUGCCACCCACGUCUGCUACUCAGACGAUUCGUGUUUGUGCCUUCCCAGCUAGUCGAUUGGGAUUGCAAGGAAUUGGAAUUAGUCCCGACUGCAACCCUGAAAGUCGGGCUACUCCCAGAGAGGUUGAUCAUGCGAUGGUGAAAGGCAUACCGUGCAAAGGUUCGAGUUCUUUGGUAAGAGGAGCCUCAAUUCCAACCUUACACCCUAUUUUUGGACCAAAAGAUUUUAGACUUUGAAACCCUCUCUUUCAAAACAUUUUUGAAAAAUGCUUCUACGAUGUUCUGAGGCUCGUAUUUCGUUCAAAAGUAUGCUUUCGAUAAACCGAGCAAGGACAAAGUGGAGAUAAAUGGAAGAGAGGUGAAAUCCUUGGAAAAUCUUUCAAAACAUCUUAUUUGAGGGAUUGGAGUUGAAGAAAAUAGGAGAGGAGAGAAAAAAACGUGUUGGAGAAGAAGUUGGGUUUGACUGUUAAAGGAGAAUGGGUAGCCUUCACUUAAUCAGGUCUAUCCUUUUGUACCCUUUGAAUUUAGUUAUGAGGCCACCAUCAUUGGAAAGAGGACUUCUGGGGCUUCAUUUUGCACUCAAGAAUAUCCUAAAGCCGAGUCCGGAUGAGGGAGAUAUGACUGCUUGAAGUUAGGCAUCAAUCCGUU